AUGGCGGACAUAGUGAAACAAAUCCUAGCAAAACCAAUUCAAUUGGCCGAUCAGGUGAUAAAAGCCUCCGGCGACACUAGCUCUUUCCGGCAGGAAUGCCUUGAAAUCAAGGUGAAAACCGAGAAACUCGCAGGGCUGCUACGGCAAGCCGCCAGGGCUAGCGGCGACCUGUAUGAGCGCCCGACCCGGCGGAUUAUCGACGAUACUGAGCAAGUACUCGAUAAGGCCUUAACCCUCGUGUUCAAAUGCCGGGCCAAUGGAUUGAGAAGAGUUUUCACAAUUAUCCCCACAGCAGCAUUAAGGAAAACCUCACAACAAUUGGAGAAUUCCAUAGGUGAUGUUUCAUGGCUUCUUCGAGUCUCAACACCGGCCAAUGAUCGGGACGAUGAUUAUCUCGGGCUGCCUCCUAUCGCGUCGAACGAGCCGAUUCUGUGCUUGAUAUGGGAGCAGAUUGCGAUUUUGUGUUCGGGUUCGUUGGAGGAACGUUCUGAUGCGGCUGCUUCACUUGUUUCGCUGGCUCGAGACAAUGAUAGGUAUGGAAAAUUGAUCAUUGAGGAAGGUGGGGUUGCACCAUUGUUGAAAUUGGCUAAGGAAGGAAGAAUGGAGGCUCAAGAAAAUGCUGCAAGGGCAAUAGGGCUAUUAGGCAGAGACCCUGAAUGUGUAGAACCCAUUGUUAAUGCUGGUGUUUGUUCCGUUUUUGCUAAAAUACUCAAAGAAGGGCAUAUGAAAGUUCAGGUUGUGGUGGCGUGGGCCGUAUCGGAAUUGGCUGCUCAUCAUCCGAAGUGCCAGGAUCAUUUCGCUCAGAAUAAUACGAUAAGAUUGCUUGUUAGUCAUCUAGCAUUCGAGACGAUUCAAGAACAUAGUAAGUAUGUCAUUGCAAGCAACAAACAAGCCAUGUCGAUUCACACGGUUGUGAUGGCUAAUUCCCAAUCGAUUGACCAGACGAGUAGUAAUAGGAACGAAGAUGACUUUCAAAGCACGAUUUCUCAUCCGACUGGGAAUGACAAGACAAGCCAAAUGCACAAUGUUGUUGCGAAUACUAUUGCUAUGAAGUCGAACGUACCUUCAAAAGGGAAUGUGCAGCUUCAAGCGAACAAUCCCGAGGCAAAUCAUAAGAAUGCGAAAACAAAUAAAAAUCAGGUGCACCAACAUAAUCAGCAGCAGCAGAGGCACCAAGUUGCCUUGACAGGAACUAGCAUUAAGGGUAGGGAAUUUGAAGACCCUGCUACUAAGGCAGAAAUGAAGGCAAUGUCUGCUAGGGCCCUUAGACACCUUUGUGCAGGGAACAUUACUAUUUGUCAUAGUAUAACCGAAUCCAGAGCGCUUUUAUGCUUUGCAGUUUUGUUGGAGAAAGGCCCUGAUGAAGUUCAAUACAAUUCAGCAAUGGCAUUGAUGGAGAUUACAGCAGUAUCCGAGCAAAACGCAGAAUUGAGGCGUUCAGCUUUCAAACCUACUGCACCGGCUGCUAAAGCAGUAGUCGACCAGUUCUUGCGAAUCAUCAACAAAGCAGACUCGGAACUCCUCAUUCCAAGCAUUAUAUCCAUUGGGAAUUUGGCCAGAACUUUCCGAGCAACGGAAACAAGAAUUAUUGGUCCAUUGGUGCAGCUCCUAGAUGAUAGGGAACCCGAGGUUACAAGCGAGGCAGCAAUCGCAUUGAGCAAAUUCGCAUGUACGGAUAAUUUUCUCCAUGUCAAUCAUUCUAAGGCCAUAAUUGAUGCAGGAGGUGCUAAGCACCUAAUCCCAUCUAUAUACUUCGGCGAGCAAAUGGGCAAUUUUGGAAACAACGAAAUAAAUUUUCCUCUAUUAAAGAGCAAGACUUCCUCAACACAAUUCAACUGCACUACAUUCAUGGCUGCAAGAGUGAUUAUUGCACUGCUUCUUUUUCUCUUCUGUGUUUCCCAGGCUUCGUCUGGUUUAAGGAUUGAUGAAGAAAAGAAACAUCACAGCGAGGCAUUUCAUGUGUUUUCCAGAGGCACAGACAGAAAUCUCAUGCAGGAUAUGGUUCUUAGGAUCACGAAAUACUUUGACACUCGUGCUCCGGCUCUGAUUUUGGCUCCAGCUCCAACCCCAGCCCACAGCAUCGACUGUGGUGGGCUGUGCAAGUACAGGUGCAGCCAGCACUCUAGGCAAAAUUUGUGCAUGAGGGCAUGUGGGACUUGUUGUGUGAGGUGCAAGUGUGUGCCACCAGGAACCUCUGGCAAUAGAGAGAGAUGUGGAACGUGUUAUACUGAUAUGACCACCCAUCACAACAAGACUAAGUGUCCUUAG